AUGGGUCUAUUACAAGAAAAGCUUGGGACCUUUGUUCGUGGCUUGGAGACAACAGCAACAUAUGAUAAGACAACACAAGAGUUUGUUAUUCAUUCACCAUCACUGUCAGCAUGUAAAUGGUGGCCAGGAAAUAGUAUGUUUAUCUUAAAAUUUAUAAGUGCUCUACUCUUUGAUUAUCAUGUGUCUGUAGGUAUAACAAUAGGAGACAUUGGAGCAAAGUUUUCCCUAACAUCUAAUGGAGCUGACAACGGAUAUCUAAUGUUUGACUAUAUACGAAUUCCACUCAACCAAAUGUUGAUGGGGCUAGCAAAGCUUUCCCCUGAUGGCACCUUCACCAAACCAGCAAAUACCAAACUUUUGUAUGGCACCAUGAGUUUUAUGCGAGCAGCCAUUGUUGGUAGUUCUUUCCGGUCUCUAUCUCAAGCCAUAACUAUAGCCAUUCGGUAUAGUGCAGUGAGGCGACAGAGUCAACUCAAACCAGGCGAGCUGGAAGCACAGAUUAUCGCCUAUAAAACCCAACAGUACAAACUGUUACCAGGUUUAGCCAUGGCUUAUGCUACAAAGUUUACUUUUGAUCGUGUGUGGAGAAUGUUCAAAGAAACACAAAUGUCCAUUGCUGCUGGAGAUUUCACUAUGUUACCAGAGGUGCAUCCUAUUACCAGUGGUCUUAAAGCGUUCUGUACAUCAACAUCAAUGCGCCAUGCUGAGACAUGUCGACUUGCUUGUGGUGGACAUGGCUACCUACUGUACAGCGCUCUUCCAGAAUUGUAUACAUUACUAAAUGCUGGUUGUACUUAUGAAGGAGAUAACGAUGUUCUCUUUCUACAAGUAGCUAGGUAA